GCAGUAUCACUCCCUUUGCGCCUAGCCCUUUGUUCGUGUUGAAUUUUAUGUUUUAUUUUUCCCCCCUGUUUUAAUCCCUAAUAGUAUAUAAAGUCUUCGAUCUUAUCAAAUAUUUUUUUUUUGUUCUUGGGAUUUGUUCUCCAGACGGAGGGUUGGGGGGUGUGGAAUCUGCAAAGGUGAAAUCGAUCAAUAUUCAUUUUCGAUAAGCGUUUCCUACCCGUGUGUUAAAUGCCGCCAUUUCUCUGUAUAAAAUCAUCUUUCUGUGCGAAACUUUGAUCCGGAUCACAAAGAUUUAGGGUUUCUUCUUCGUAAUCUUUGCCCCUUUCUUUUAGAACUUUCUUCUGUUUGACAUCUUUGUGUUGUUUGAUUUGAUUCUUUGAGUGGAUCGUUGGAGGUGUAUUAGGGUUAAGAUACUGAGGUGUUGAAUUCUAGCAGGUUCGAAUAGGAAUCUGGGUUUCUUUCUGUUUCUUGAUUUUGCAUCAGAGCUAGUUAGUUUGGUUCGUGUUUGAGUUAUUUGGGUGUCGAAGGAUGGAUAAGAAAAAGGUUGCGGUGCCUCUUGUUUGCCAUGGCCACUCCCGGCCGGUCGUCGAUUUAUUCUACAGUCCGAUAACUCCAGACGGCUUUUUUCUCAUCAGUGCGAGCAAGGAUUCCAGUCCCAUGCUGAGAAAUGGAGAGACUGGAGAUUGGAUUGGUACCUUCGAAGGGCAUAAGGGUGCAGUGUGGAGUUGCUGCUUGGAUACUAAUGCUUUACGUGCAGCGUCGGGAUCUGCGGAUUUUACUGCGCUUCUAUGGUGGUUUUGCUUCAAGAGUUCAGAUCUUAUUGUGCUUAGAGAUCCUGGUGCAAAUGUUAUUACCGGUAGGCCUUUCAGGGCAGUGGUAAGGAGGAGUGAUAUGAUACCAAUUAGAGCGAUAGAAAGACCAAGAGGCAGACCAAAUGAUGCAGAUAUGACUGCCCUUUCUUGGUUAUGGGAUGUAAGGAGUGGCAAAAUUGUCCAGACACUAGAGACCAAAUCCCCCGUCACCAGUGCAGAAGUCAGUCAGGAUGGCCGUUAUAUUACUACUGCUGAUGGGUCAACUGUUAAGUUUUGGGACGCAAACCAUUUUGGACUGGUGAAGAGCUACAAUAUGCCAUGUACGGUUGAAUCUGCUUCACUUGAGCCGAAGCUUGGCAAUAAAUUCAUUGCUGGUGGAGAAGACAUGUGGAUCCGUUUAUUUGAUUUCCAUACUGGUGAAGAGAUUGGGUGCAACAAGGGACACCAUGGUCCAGUUCAUUGUGUUCGUUUUGCACCUGGAGGAGAAUCCUAUGCUUCAGGUUCAGAAGAUGGAACUAUCAGAAUAUGGCAAACGGGUCCUGCAGCACAUGAUGAGGGUGAUGCCUUGUUGGCAAAUGGGUCAGCUGGUAAGGUGAAAGUAACGGCCGAUGAGGUUGCCCACAAGAUUGAGGGCUUUCACAUUCCAAAAGAAGAGAAAGAAGAGAAAUCUGAAGAGAAGGAAGAGGCAACGGAUGCCUAACGAAGCUGGGUAUUUUACUUUGUUUUGUACCCUGAUUGAUCGGUUGGUUGCAUGCAUAUGGAAUGUGUUUUGUUUCUCUCCGAUAAUUAUCCCAUUUUGGAAAAAUAAAGAAGCUCAUUUUUGUACCAAUUUAUUUUUACUUGUUCUAGUGAAUUUUAAAUCCAUGAUAAGCUUCAGUUUCCUUCUAUCA